UUACAUUAUAUUUAAAUUGCCCAUGUAGAACUCUAACAUUUUCUUCAUAUAUAUAUAUUUUUUAAGACUGAUGGGUCAAAGUAUACAUUCCCUCCUUGUUUUGCCAAAAACCCAUAUCAUAAGAUCGCUGUGGGCGAACGAACAAUGGAAUUUUGAGCACUGAAGGAGCGAAAUCGGCUGCAGAGCGGAUGAAGAUGAACAUCUUCGUUCUUCUAAUCUUAUUUUGCUUUGCCAUUUCUUCUUCCCUUGCAAUAGCAGCUGAAAAUGGAGGAUCCUCUUAUUCAAAACCCAGUAAUGGGAACAACAGAACAAUCGUGGACGCGAAGGGGGCGCCACAAUCUGUAAUUUGGGUGGUUCAGCUCUCUGAUCUCCAUUUCAGCGUUCACCACCCGGACAGAGCUCUCCACUUCAGGGAUUUAGUUGCCCCUGCUCUCGCCAUGAUCAAUCCUUCUCUGGUUCUUAUCACUGGUGAUCUCACAGAUGGAAAAAGCAAGGAUUUGUUAACCAUGAAACAAAAUGAGGAGGAAUGGAUGGAAUAUCAAAAUGUAAUGGAAGAUGUUAUAACAAGAAGUGGACUAGACAAGAGCAUCUUCUUUGACCUUAGAGGAAAUCAUGAUAAAUUUGGUGUUCCAUAUGUUGGUGGUUCAUUUGACUACUUUUCAAAGUAUAGCAUCAAUGGGCWGCUGRGCCGAAAUGCAAAUGUGUAUAGUGUUACUGUUCAGGCUGGUCAACAUAAAUACCUCUUUGUUGGAUUUGACAGCACCAUGUCUGUUGGUUUGAGAGGCCCAACAAAUCUCCUUGGGCAUCCAACUGAUCAGCUAUUAACUGAGUUAGAUUUGGAGCUCUCUCAAUGGGAUUCAUCGACGACCGAUCCAGUAACUAAGAUUUCUUUUGGCCAUUUUCCUCUCUCAUUCACAGCUUCCUCCCUCUCUGGAAAAAAUCUAAGAGAUAUCUUUCUGAAACAUUCUCUAUCUGCUUAUUUGUGUGGACAUCUCCAUACAAGGUUUGGUAAAAAUUUGAAGAGGCAUCAUCAUUCAAAUUCUAGUAUUUUGUCACAGAAGUUUUUCCAGUUUAAUAUGCACCAGAUGUCUUCUGGAAGUACCACCAACUGUUCGUUUGAAGUGGAACCAGUUCAAGAAUUUUGGGAGUGGGAGAUGGGCGACUGGAGGAAGAGUAGAGCAAUGCGAAUUUUGGCCAUUGAUAAUGGUCGUGUGUCAUAUCUUGACAUUGACUUCAAGUCUGAAACUAAGAAAACUAUUUUGUUGCCCACAUUUCCAUUAGAUUCUCGCUUCAUGUCAAGGUAUUCAUUGCCUCACAAUUAUAAAUGUCAGUUGAUCGCUCCUUCAUCUUAUCAGUUGAUAAGAGCACUGGUUUUUUCAAUUUCUCCUAUCGUAUCUGUUGUGGCUAGAAUAUAUGACUCUAGUCCUGGAGUCCUCAGUUUGAUCCUAGAAGAAUCCAUGAGUAAAUCGUUGGCAGAUAAUAUCUCAAGGGGAGAUCUUUAUACUGCUCCAUGGAAUUAUAAAGCCUUUGAAGACCCAUCUCCUGAUAGAUAUUAUCUGCAAAUAGAAGCAACUGACAUUGCAGGAAGGUCAACUUUAUCCGACCUGAGGCCAUUUUCUAUCAAUGGUCUCACUGCAAAAGUGUCCUGGACAUGGAGUGAGUUCAAGGUUAUGGGAGUUCAAUGGGCUGCCUUGUACUACCCUGUACUCUGGUCUUCUCUGUUUAUCAUGCUUUCGAUGCUUAUUCUUCCAAAAGCGAUCCUUAUUUAUUCCAAGAAGCAGUACACUUUCAACAAUUUCAAGGCGAAUAAAAGCUUCCUAAAUGGCACAGCAUGGGUUAUACAAGAGCUCAGCAACGUUCCCAUGGCAUGGCUCUGCAUGUUAGGUUACUUAAUCUACCUUAUAUCCUUCCCAUGGUUUAUUGGGCAAGUUCUCACAGAUGGCGAGGAUAGGGGAUACAUGACCUAUAUGGGAUGGGUUGUCAAAACUUCAACUGAAACGGACAAACAUAAAUAUAUUGGUUCUCCAGAUAUAAUGGUGGUGGUUCUUUCCCAUCUUCUUUUUGUGAUUUACCCUGCUAUUUUCAUCACGGUUGCUUUUGCUGCCGAACGAGGAGUCUAUGGGGAGUAUUUCCUCUCUCUUUUAGCAAAGAAAGAAGAUGAUUAUGGUUACAAUAAUAAGAGGCCUGAAUCGUUUGAUUUCAAAAGCAGUGGGAGACUUAAUUUUUGGUUUAGAUGGAGGUGGAUUCGGAAGGGUCUCCUGAUCAUUUGUGCAGUAAUAUGUUGGAAGCAUUUUUUGAAUUGCAGGGCUGUUAUGAAGGCUUAUGAGAUGAAUCCAUUUCUCCACUUUCCUGUGUACUGCUUCGCAACACCAGUGUUGUUGGCUUAUGUUGCUUACCAAACCAGAGGCAUCAACUGACCAUUGGCCGCUUGAUUUAGACUAGCUUUUAAUCUGCUUCAACUAUAUUCUGCUCUAGAAGCAAUGAAACAUCAUCCGAUACAGCCAUACACAGCACUCAACAGAAUGCUUUUCCUAACUUAUAGGGGUAAGCACAGAUUAAAAGGAACAUAAUUCUUGGUUAUAAUGCUCAUUGUGUUGCAGAAAAUGGGUUGAAAUCCAAAUGAGAAUCUAGGGUUGGUAGAAGAGAUAGUGCCAUCUUUUAGAUUUUGCUGUAUGUUUUUUGUAAGUUAGUUUUAUUCCAUAAAAUUCUGUCUCAUCCUCUUUGAUUACUAUAGGUUGGUUUGGUAGUUCUGUUAUUUUUAGAACAAAUUUUUGGGUGGUUUUGUUAGAGUAAACAUCUACUUUCUUGUAGUGGUA